AGUCACCGUAGAUCUUUGGUGCAGGGGCCGAACAUCAUAAAGGACGUAAAUACUAAAUAAAAGACCAGAUUAUAAACGGAAAAUAAUUUAGAAAAGAUUUAAUGUAUCAAAAUGGUAAAAUUGAUGAGUUUAUAUACUGUUUACAUGAUAAAUGGCGGUCAAAACAGAGAUGGUGGCGGACGCUGCACAAUGGCCGCCGGGGGAGAAGACAUCCAGGGGCGGAAAUUUCCAUUUUUUGAAGGCGGUGACGGCGGGGUGUGGCGGAGCGAGGCCGGACCAGCGUGGCGAGGGACCUGCUACCCCGGAACGCCCCUAACACCGCAGCAAAGCCCUCAAUUCCCCUUGCAGGACCCGAGGAACUCAGUGAUGGAGAAGAUAGUGUAUGCCGGGGUGUCGCUGGAGGUCCCGUCGGAGGUGUGCGAGAACAUCAACAUCCUCUUUGAAAUGAUAUCACCAGACACUUGGAACAACCACCUCACUGAUGAACACCGGGAGAGGCUAAUGGGGUUCCUUCCAACCUUCCCACAAAACGACCUGCAGGAGAAGACGCGCACCCUGGAAAUGUUCUUUAUGGACGAGAACUUCCGGCACGGCACACACCCGCUCCGCCUCUUCCACGAGCAGCUGGCAAAAGGAUUCUUCAACCCUGAGAUUGCAAAGAUGAGGGGCCAUCCAUAAGAAGAUACUGUUCCA